CCAUUCCGUCAGAUUUGACUCAGCUCCUCAGUCCUGCUUCAGUGAUCCAGUUUCUUUCUGUGGCUCCGACAUGUCGCGUUCUCUUUUGCUUCUCUGCUUGGGAAUUUCUCUUUCUGCACUGGUCGGGAGCCGCCAGGUGUUGGCGCAGAACAACAGGGUGAAGCUGUGUGGCCGCGAGUUUGUCCGCAGUGUAGUGGUGUCAUGCGGCAGUCCCCGCUGGAAGCGUUUUUCUUCGGAGAUCGAGCAGCCACAAGUUGGUCUUUACGGGCAGCUCCUCAGCUGGUUGGACAGCAACACAAACCUGGAAUCCUUCUUCCCACCUGAAGUGACAGACGAGCCUUCAAUUACGAGUCAGGAGGCUGGUGAAGUGCAAACACCCUUUGGGGAUGAGGAGGGCUCUCCAUUUCACCCCAGUCCGUUCACAAUUGAAGUCCCACCGAGCUACACAGGAAGUGCUCCAUCCGAGAAGUGGGCCUCUAGGACCAGACGUGAAGCGAGUCUAGCUGGGAUCUGCUGCAAACUUGGCUGCACUAAAAGCGAGUUGUCCCUGUACUGCUGAGGCUCUUCAAACCCACCACUGAUGAGCCCUUCCUGCCAAUGCACUGUUUUCUCCUUCUGCUCCAAUAAAUUAAACUAUCUAAACUGAAAACCUCUCCCCAACACCAAUAUUUAAAAUGAGUAAAUAAAUGCUAACAAUAAAACCUUCCUCCGCUCAGUUC